CGCCGAAGGAAAAGAGGCUGCGGGAGAGUGGCGGGGGGACAUCCAGACGUGCCCCAGAUCCGGAACCUCGGAGCCCUCGGCAGCCUUUGCAGGCCAGGAUUUCCUCUGUGGGGGAAAGGAGGGAGGGAGCAGAAGGACUGGCAGGGAUUUGUACUGCGACCCAAAAAAUGGUCCCAUAAAGGAAGAGGCCCCUGGGGCACUUUGGAGUUGCUCUGCCAGAGAGACGAAGGAUGGAGACACCCCCUUUGCCUAAGGAGGGGAGCAGAAGAGGCCCCGCGGCUCUUCAGCCUGGGAACUGUGGGGAGAGCUGGACCAGAACCGGACAGAAGGUCCUGCAGGAGGGAAUCAUCCUCCCUUCAGAAGUUCCGCCCUGGAGCUCCAUCCAAUAUCGGGAGGCUGAGGGUCCCCGAGGACUUUGCAGCCGACUCUAUGAUUUGUGCAGGCGAUGGCUGAGCCCAGGAAAACACAGCAAAGCCCAGAUGCUGGACCUGGUGGUUCUGGAGCGGCUCCUGACUCUCCUACCCCCAGAGAUGGAGGGCUGGGUGCGGGAGUGUGGAGCAGACAGCAGCUCGCAGGCGGUGGCCCUGGUGGAAGGCUUCCUCCUGAGCCAGGCGGAGGAGCAGAAGGAGCAGUUCCAGCAGCAGUGCUGCACUGUGGAGAUCAGAGAUCCUGAGGGAAAGAAGAACCCAUCUAAUCCCCCUCAGGAGCUAUUUUUCAGGAGGAUCCCUUGGGAAGAUCAAAGCCAGGAUAUCUCAGGAGAGAAACAAAGAAUGAAGCUUUAUGGUUUUUACGAUGGAGAUCAAACAGCGGUUAAACCUCCAAAUCAAGACGGUCUUGUGUCCUUUGAGGAGGUGGCUGUGUAUUUCUCUGAGGAGGAAUGGUCUCAGCUGGAUCCUGACCAGAAAGCGCUGCAUUCGGAUGUCAUGCUUGAAAACCAUAGGAACGUGGUCUCUCUGGGUAAUAAUGGGCAGGAUAAUCAAGAUUCCUGUGAACUAUUCCAAGUGAUCAAUGCUAAAGAUGCAAUGGAGAAGUUUGGAAUUCAAAUGAAAUUUGAAAGCCAUGACAGAAACCAGUCAAAGAAUUGGACUCAGGAAAGCUCAUCUUCCACUGAUGCUCCGAUGCAAGACUUUCUUGCCCAACAAGAGAAAAUAAGGAAAAAAUAUACCGGAAAAAGUGUGAAGCUAAUCAAAGCUAAAGUGCAAGUAAAUGAACUCCAUUUAACCCAAAACAAAGAAGAAGAUGCUAUAAGAAGAUACAAUGGACAAAAUUACAAUGGGACAUUCCUUUUUUCUCUUGGGAAUAAGUUCCUUACAUCUCAAAAAGUGAUUGAUGUAAAAGGGAAGCCUUAUAAAUGUUUGGAAUGUGGAAAAUGUUUUAGAACAAGCAGGCAACUUACUUCCCAUGAAAGGAUCCACACAGGGGAGAAGCCGUAUAAAUGCAUAGAGUGUGGAAAGAGGUUUGCUCAUGGCAAUGGACUUAUAAGCCACAAAAAGAUCCACUCAGGAGAGAAACCAUUUAAAUUCAUGGAGUGUGGAAAGACCUUUGCUCAUAGCAAUACACUUACUGUCCAUAAUAGGAUCCACACAGGGGAGAAACCAUAUAAAUGCAUGGAAUGUGGGAAGAUGUUUGCUCAUGACAAUGGACUUAAAAGCCACAAAAUGAUCCACUCAGGAGAGAAACCAUAUAAAUGCAUGGAAUGUGGAAAGACCUUUGCUCAUAGCAGUACAGUUACUUCCCAUGAAAGGAUCCACACAGGGGAAAAGCCAUAUAAAUGCAUGAAGUGUGGAAAGACGUUUACUUGUGGCAGUGGACUUAGAAUCCAAAAAAAUAUCCACUCAGUAGAGAGGCCAUUUAAAUGCAUGGAAUGUGGAAAGACCUUUGCUCAUAGAUGUAAUCUUAUUUCCCAUAAGAGGAUCCACACUGCGGAGAAACCAUAUAAAUGUAUGGAGUGUGGAAAGACAUUUACUCAGUGCAGUGGUCUUAGAAACCAUAAAAAGAUCCACUCAGGAAAGAAGUCAUUUAAAUGCAUGGAAUGUGGAAAGACCUUUGCUCAUAGAUGUCAUCUUAUUUCCCAUAAAAGAAACCACAAAGGGAAGAAGCCAUAUAAAUGCAUGGAGUGUGGAAAGUCCUUUCCUCGAAGAGGUUAUCUUAUUUCCCAUAAGAGGAUCCACACAGGGGAGAAGCCAUAUAAAUGCAUGGAGUGUGGAAAGAGUUUUGCUCAUAGUUGUACACUUACUUCUCAUGAAAGGAUCCACACAGGGGAGAAGCCGCAUAAAUGCAUAGAAUGUGGAAAGACCUUUGCUCAUACAUGUGGUCUUAUUUCCCAUAAAAGAAGCCACACAGGGGAGAAACCAUAUAAAUGCAUGGAAUGUGGAAAGAGUUUUACUCAUAGUAGUACACUUACUGUCCAUAAUAGGAUCCACUCAGGAGAGAAACCAUAUAAAUGCAUGGAGUGUGGAAAGACCUUUUCUCGUAGUAGUGGACUUAGAAGACAUGAAAAGAUCCACUCAGGAGAGAAGCCAUUUAAAUGCAUGGAGUGUGGAAAGACCUUUGCUCAAAGUAGUAGACUUAGGGGACAUGAAAAGAUCCACUCAGGAGAGAAGCCAUUUAAAUGCACACAAUGUGGAAAGACCUUUGCUCGUAGUAGUCGACUUAGAAGACAUGAAAAGAUCCACUCAGGAGAGAAGCCAUUU